UGCAACAAAGUACAACCAAGCUGAAAGUACUGCGGCAUGACAAAGUUGCAUCUCUUAAAUUGCGCCAUUAAAAACUGUGAGUUCACACUUGCAUCUGCAGUUUGCCACUAGCAGUGCCGAAACUUUUGUUGCAUAUGUGAACCCGGCUUAACUAACCGCGGAAUGAAAUAGUGUCUUACCACACGUACCCCAAGUUAACCACGUAGUUAGCCUAUUCCUCGUUUAGUUAUCCUUGGAUUUAUCCCGAAAUUGUACAACCGGCCCAUAGGGGUCAUGAGGAUGAGAUUAGAAUAAUUACUGCAUGCACAGCGGCAUUCAAACAAUCAUUCUUCCCGCGCUCCAUAUGUAAACCGAACGGGAAGAAACGUUAAUAAUUUAUAGAAUGCCCUCUGCCAUGCACAUCAUGGUUGUCAAGGUAUAGAUGUAGAUGUUUUUUCUGGCUUUUUUCAUGGAUGCAAUUAGCUUAUUUCGUUUAGGAGAGUUGGCCACACUGAUGCAUUGUUUACCUUUAAUACAAAUGCAGACGAACGUGCUUAUCUUUUGAGUGAUUUGCAUUUUAGUGCAUGUAAAGAAGAGGUAGAACAUAAUUGAUCAUUAGAAGUCUGCAAAAGACGGCCCCCAGUCCUUUGUUAUAGCUGGAAUUAAAAUAAUAAGCCAUGGUAUUUGCCUGUCAAGCAGACAGUUUUCUGCGAGAGUUUUCUUCUAAAGUCGUGUCUUGUGCUGAAGCAAAACUAGAUUUAGUAAAAGAUGGGAAGAAACAAACAAUUGAUGGGUUUGAAGUGGUUUUAGAAGACACAAUUUUGUUUCCUGAGGGAGGAGGACAGCCAUCAGAUACAGGAUACUUAAAUGAAACACAAGUGAUUCAGGUUAAUCGACGAGGUGCUGAAGCUGUUCAUUUUGUUCAAUCAAAGUUCUCAGUUGGAGAAACAGUGAAACAAAAAGUGGACUGGGAGAGGAGGUUUGAUCACAUGCAGCAACAUUCAGGGCAGCACCUUCUUUCUGCUGUUGGUGAAACUGAAUUCAAUUGCCCCACAACUUCUUGGUGGCUUGGUGAAGAAACCUCAUAUGUUGAACUUGCUACAACCAGUCUUACCCAGAGCAUUGUGGAUAAAUGGGAAGCUAUAGUGAAUGAAAAAAUAAGACUAGCAUUGCCUGUCACAGUCAAAGUAUACAGUAAGGGUGAUCCAUGGUUGGAUGAGGCACAUACUCGUGGGCUCCCAAAGGAUCAUGAAGGUGAUGUGCGUGUGAUCUCAAUUGAAGGAGUGGACAACAAUAUGUGUUGUGGUACACACGUCAGCAAUCUUAGUCAGUUACAGGCAAUUAAAUUUUUAUAUUUUGAAAAAGGGAAGAAGAAUAAAACCAACUUGCAUUUCCUGGUUGGUGGACGGGUACUAAAGUAUUUGUCAAACUGUCUUGAACGAGAAAAAAAGCUUACAGAACUGUUACAGAGCAAUCCAAAUGAUCAUGUUAGCUUAGUGGAGAAACUCCAAAAAUCUGUGAAGAAUGCAAAUAAAAAUUUAGUAAAUGCCCUAAAAGAAAUUGCAGCAUAUGAGGUAGAAAAACUGAAGAGUCAAGAACCUAAGCCCAAAUUCUUCUGUCUUCACAGAAACGAGGCCGAAAUGGAUUUCAUAAAUAUGUUCCUUAAGCUGUUUGCGGAUGAGAGUGUGCUGCUGCUACUUACUGUCGGUGAACCUAAGGGCCCUGGGCACAUGGUGUUGCAUGGAGAGCAAACUGCUGUCUCUGCUUUGGGUCAACAAAUCUGCAAACUUCUGGAUGGUAAAGGUGCAGGGAAAGGGACUCGAUUCCAAGCCAAGGUCAACAAUCUUAAAAAUAUAAGAGCUGCAGAGAAGUUGAUCAAAGAAUAUUUUCAAACAGGUCAGAAUGAAGUAUAAUGCUGCAUUAAAGAGUGAGAGUUAAUUAUUGUAUUAUAAAUUUUUGACAAUAUUUGCUGUGCAAUUCAUCAUGUUUCACAGUGUUAUAAGACUCAAUUUCAUAUAGCAGAUGAAACUUAGAUUUGUAAAUAAAACUGGCGUAAAAUGUGUAAGAUAUGUAUCACGAAUAAAGUGAGUUGCUAACUA